UGAUCCACAUUCAUAAUUGUAUACAUAAAAUCUGUGGCAGUUCUGGUCACUUUAAUUCAAGUAAGAUACAAGAAAGAUGGACAAAAGAUGGAGUCUUCAAGGUAUGACUGCUCUUGUGACCGGUGGAGCCAGCGGAAUUGGGUAUGCCAUAGUAGAUGAGUUAGCUGGUUUUGGAGCUAGAAUCCAUGUAUGCGACAUAUCCAAAACUCUGCUUAAUCAAAGUUUAAGCGAAUGGAAAAAGAAAGGGUUUCAAGUGAGUGGCUCGGUCUUUGAUGUAACCUCUCGUCUCUCGAGAGAAAAUCUUAUGCAAACCGUCAUCUCACUGUUCGAUGGCAAACUCAACAUUCUAGUAAAUAACGUGGGUGUAAUUCGUGGGAAGCCAACAACAGAAUAUGUGGAAGAAGAUUUCUCUUUCCACAUCUCAACAAAUUUAGAAGCUGCUUUCCAUUUUAGUCAGCUUUCACAUCCUCUCUUAAAGGCUACCGGAAAUGGAAGCAUCGUCUUUAUUUCCUCGGCUACGGGGAUUGUAUCAGUUUCAUGUGGAUCCAUUUAUAGUCUAACAAAAGGUGCUUUGAUUCAGCUAGCUAAAAAUUUGGCAUGUGAAUGGGCUAAAGAUGGCAUAAGAGCCAAUGCUGUUGCUCCUAAUAUCAUCAAUACUCCUAUGUCUCAAUCUUAUCUUGAGGACGCAAGUUUCAAGGAGGGAUUGUUCAGUCGAACUCCACUUGGCCGUGCUGGUGAGCCGAACGAAGUUGCAUCACUUGUGGUCUUCUUGUGUCUCCCUGUAGCUUCUUAUAUUACUGGUCAAACCAUUUGUGUUGAUGGAGGGUUCACUGUUAAUGGUUUCUCCUAUCAGCCACAAGCUUUAUAAUGAGCUUUUCACGUUUUCUCUGUUUAAAUGUUCUCUCUAAUAAAAACUCUCAAGCUAUGAGAGCUUAUGAUGAGUUUAUGUCCCGUGUAGAGAGUUUACUUUAUACAGCACAAUUUUCACAAACAAAAAUACACUAUGUUAAGCAGUUUAUUUCUUUUGA